AUGAAUAACUCUACAGUAAACUUCACCACACCUGAAUCUACAAACUUCACGACUCAUUCCUUUGGGCCGCUGGACUUUGUUGUAACCUGCAUACACAGCAUAAAUUUCCUGUUUGGUGUUCCUACAAACGUCUAUAUUAUAUGGCUCAUCAUCACAGGAACAGGAAGGGGAGUUGUAUCAGAGUUCUUCAAUCUCAACAUCUCUAUUUCUGAGAUUGGUAACUGUCUGAGUAGUUUGGUCUCUAUGCUGACAAUUUACUUUUCAAGUCUGUCAUUUUUAAUGCUGUUUCUGCAAGGACUAAUGCUCACCAGUCGUCCUCUGUUUCAGUGUCUGAUCUGUGUUGAGCGUUACCUGGCAGUGGUUCAUCCUGUAACCUUUCUGAAGUACAAACCUCUCAGAUAUAGAGUGAUCUGCUGCACUGUGGCCUGGAUAAUCACUCUUGGCUCCUGUUUCUAUAGUUUAUUUAUCUCACAAAACAUUCAUGUCAAAACAUGGUUCUACUCACUGCAGUUCCUCCUCUUCUUCUCCAUCCAGUUGUUUUGUCUUGUGGCUGUUCUCAGAGCUCUGAAGCAGUCAGGACCAGGAGAGAGAAGGAGAGAGAGAGAGGAGGAAAACCACAUGAAGAGAAGAGCGUUUCAUCUCAUUCUAAUAACGACUGUGAGCAUGGCUUUUAUAUAUGUCCCAUAUAGUAUCACAGGAUUCUGUAUAAUUCUGACACAACAGAAUAUUCUCGUAUAUUGGCUCCCUGGUUUUGUAUGUUAUGUGUUGGCUGGUUUCGUUCAGCCUGUUCUUUAUCUUCACCGAACUGGAAAAAUCUCCAGCCUCUGUUCCUUAUAA